AUGGCUCCAGUACUCCCACACGAUAUUCUAUUUGUCAUCCUCGAUGAACUCGAAAUGAUAAAGGAUCGUGUCCAGCUCCUUCAAGUCUGUAGAUAUUGGAAUACUGCGCUAUUGACUAAAGUGUAUUCGAGUAUCAACUUUGAGGAUGCCGAAACCUUGGUACCCUUAGCGAAAGCGCUCCAUAAGAAUCCCCGACUGAAGCCUCUUGUGUAUAAGCUGCGCAUCUCGGACUUCUUGUGUGAUGACUUUCAACGUGCCUAUGUCUACGACCACCCCCUGUUCCACGAGUUCCUGCGAUCAUUCACGGACAGCAACGAGGAGCUAAUAAAGUGGGAAGAGAAACUCGACAUCGAAGACACCUCCGCUUGGCUCGCGCUAGUUCUGAUCUCUCUCCCAAAUCUGCAACUUCUCGAUAUGCGCUGGGGCAGCUAUAACCUAGAUUCGGAGAUUCUGCUAUGGGCAGUCUCUAAGAUCGCAAGUAAAUCUCCCAGCGAAGAUCUUCCUUUGCAAAACCUACAAACACUCAUUGCAAGAGCCGAGGACGUCCCAGAGAAUCUCGAAACACGGGAAUUCAUCCCCUUCUUCAAACUGCCCUUGAUGAAAAGGCUACAGCUCGAUAGCAUUGUUGAUGAGUGCGACAGAAAGGAACCGAGCUUCGAUAUUACUUUCGAUCUUUCGCCAUGCAUCUCACCUGUACGCGAGAUUAUCCUGCGAUACUCGAACGUCAAGCGCGGGUUUCAAAAUUUCAUAGCCGCGUGUACUCACCUUGAGCGCUUUGAGUAUCAGCACCAUAACCAGGCUUCUUACGAGGAAGAUUACCGUAAUUUCAGGUGUCGACCUUUUCACGAUGCAUUGUUGUCGCAGAGGAAGAGUCUGCGUGUGCUACGUUUGAAUGAUAUCGGUGUUACGAAUCUGAUUUACGAAAACGAGGAGGAUGUUGAUACAUUUGGCCCUGAUAUUCAGGAAUCGAAAGCCCAGGCUUGGUUUGGGACUUUGGUUGAGUUUGUGGCCUUGACAGAAUUGAGAAUGCCGGUGCGCAAUCUUUUGGAUUCCACGGCUGGGAAGGAGCCUGAUCUAUCUCUGAGCGAGAUUCUGCCAUAUGGACUUGAGGUCCUUGUUCUUACCAAGGUUGAUUUCGUUGAGUAUUCUAUGCUUGAGGGGCAGUUAAGACGCCUGUUGGGUAUCCGAGAGCGGCAAUUUUCUUGUUUGCGAAAGAUUACACUGCAGACUUUCCAGAUGGAGGUUGCUCCUGGAGAAGUACUUUGCUUGGAGAAGAGGAAUUGGGGGGUUCCAAAGUGCGCGGAAACGACAUUUGCGGGCGUGAAAAGUUUUUGUGAAGAGCAGGGCGUUGAGUUUAGCUUUUCCCGUUAUGGUGAUUUCCAGAUUGUCGCCAAUGGGCAGGUGGAAUACGAUACUAACGAAUUUGGCGGCUUAACCACAGACGAGACUUUAUAUUGA